AUGUUAACAAACAUUCUCCUAUUGUCUCUUCAAAUCAGUCUCCUGGGAACCAGCCUUGGUGGGAACAUUCUGAUUUGGCCAAUGGAAGGUAGUCAUUGGUUAAAUGUUAAAAUAAUUAUAGAUGCACUCAUUGAAAAAGAGCAUAAUGUGACUGUCCUGGUUGCUUCUGGUGCUCUUUUUAUCACACCAACGUCAAACCCAUCUCUGACAUUUGAAAUAUAUGAAGUGCCCUUUGAGAAAGAAAGAAUAGCAGAAGUGAUCAGAAAUUUUGUUUGGACAUGGCUGGAGAAUCGACCGUCUCCUUCAACCAUGUGGACCUUCUAUCACGAGAUGGCCAAAGUCAUCAAAGACUUCCACAUAGUGUCUAAAGAGCUCUGCGAUGGUGUUCUUAAAAAUGGAAAACUGAUGGAAAAGCUGAAGAAAGGAAAGUUUGAAGUCCUGUUGUCUGACCCAGUAUUUCCCUGUGGCGAUAUAAUAGCAAUAAAACUUGGAAUUCCUUUUAUCUAUUCCUUGAGGUUUUCCCCUGCUUCAACAGUCGAAAAGCACUGUGGAAAGGUGCCAUACCCCCCUUCCUAUGUCCCUGCCAUUCUCUCAGAACUCACAGACCAGAUGUCUUUUGCCGAUAGAGUAAGAAAUUUCAUCUCCUACCAUCUACAAGACUACAUCUUUGAAACUCUCUGGAAACAAUGGGACUCCUACUACAGUACGGCUUUAGGAAGACCCACUACAUUGUGUGAGACUAUGGGCAAAGCUGAGAUUUGGCUAAUUCGGACGUACUGGGAUUUUGAAUUUCCUCGUCCAUACUUACCUAAUUUUGAGUUUGUUGGAGGAUUGCACUGUAAACCUGCCAAACCUUUACCUAAGGGAUAUUAUGGUAAUCAUAUCCUCAGGAAAGAAGAAGGUGGCCUCUCAAGCUACGAUCAAGAUUAG